CAUAGUUACAUAAAAAGAAAGCUCGUCACUACCGUUAAACGCAAGGUACCAAAGGCUUUGGAGGUUUCCCACGACACAGUUAUCUGCAGCAAGACGCAACUGUCUUGCGAAUCUUCUAAACCUUACGUUUGGCGCUGACGCGGACCUGUCUUUAUCACUUUUUCGUCAAGUGCCAAAGAAGACCAUGCCGUCAUUCAAGGCAAUCAAGAUACACAAGGUACAAGAUGUACACAAGGGAGACCAGCUUGUGGUUGAUAGAGGAGUCUACAAGCAUCAUAUGAUCGUGUCUGAAGACCCCACAGAUCUAACAAAAGUAUCUGUGAUUCAGUAUACCAACGAUGUUCUGCCUAGUGCAAUGGGUAUAAUAUCAGGCAGUGGUAGGUCGGGAGUUCCUAUUGCAGUAGUUCGUAGGGACGUGGAGGAUAUUUCUUCAGAAGUCAGAAAGCGUAGAGUUUAUCGCAUAGAUUAUGACAUAUGCUUCUCCCCUGAUACAACAGUGUGGAGUGCUGAAAGUAAACUUGGUAAAGGUGAAUAUUCUCCCUUCACAAACAACUGUGAGCAUUUUGCCACCUGGUGUAAAACAGAUAGACACGAGAGCGCGCAGGUCAAUGCAUUGAUUGAACGACUGAAGAAAGAAUCUUUGACGGAAGGGGCUAAGCAGGGAACAACGAAGAUUGUGAGUGAUCCUACAAAAGAAGGAGCAAAGACAACAAUGAAUAAAGGCGUUGAAUCUGUGGCUAUGGAGGUAGUAAAGGAGCUAACUAAAGCUGCAGUGAAAAAAUCAGGACCUGACAUGUUAAAGGAAUUGGCUAGUAAUCCAAUCCUUUUGCGUCAAGCAAUAAACGAAGCAACGGAGUCAAUCAUGAAACGUGCAACUAACAAAUUAGUUUUCGACCCGAACGUUUAUCUUAUGGUUGAAACGUUUGUGAGCAAUUUAGGGAAGGAAAACAUGAAACAAUUUGCACAGGAGGGGGCCAAAACUGUCAUAAAGGACACAGCAAAGACAGCAUUAAACGAAGGUGCCAAGUCUUUAGUCGAUCAAGGAGCAAAGCAGGUAGCAAGGGAGGGGGGCAAAACUGCCAUGAAAGAAACAUCUAAAACAGCAGUGAAAGAAAGUGCCAGGUCUGUAGCUAGAGAAGGUUCAAGACAGGUAGCAAAGUCAGGGGGAAAAUCUCUUUGCAAGAAAAUAAUUGACAGUCAGGGGAAAAUUGGCAUUGUAAUAACAGGAGCAGUAGAAGUCUAUGACUUAUACAACCGUACUUGUGAAUCUAAGGAGAAACUUGACAAUGGAGAGAUUUCCCAAGGUAAGUUUGAGAAACAGGUAGUCACUCAUGUCGUUAAGGGUGUCGCUUCCGGUGCCGCCACACUUGUUGGUGGUACUCUGGGACAGACCUUAAUCCCCAUACCGGUGUUAGGUGGUAUGAUUGGAGGGAUGGCUGGAAAGGCAGCUGUAAUGGUUAGGUGGGUUGGUACUGGGAGAAUUGACUAACUAAAAUAAAAUGGACGUCAGUAACGUGCGUUAAGAACAACUGAGCAACAUGCUUCGGAAGAAACUAAGGUAUUGAUAAGUUCAAUAAAGGAGGUUUUCUUGUGGUCAUGUCUUUGCUGUGCUUAUGUCCACUUAACCACGCAGCUAUCUGUUAUAAUAGAUUACAUACUGGCAUACCCAUACUACUAUUUUCAAUAUGAAUAAAAGCUAAUAUGAGUAUCUUAACUUUCUUAACGGCGUGACAUUGUUUAGGUAAAUGGAGUUAAGAAUGUUGAAAAUAUAACUAUCACAUCAAAUUUGCACAGGAAAGGUAAAAACAUUUUUCAUAUAUCUCAAUAUCAGUACAUCUGUCGAUUUUUUAUAUAAGAAGAUGAUUGAAGCUACGAUGUUAAUACAGUUAUACCUAUACUCAAUAUACUUUUGCUUGGGUAGACUAUAUUACUUAUUAUUGCUUUUCCAGUGUUUACAAUCUGUUUUAAUACACAUACAAUAUCACGUGAUAAAAAUGAAUGAAGGAUGAAAGUUUGUUUUUUACAGUCAACUAUAAACAUGUUAUAUGUACAUAGAGUGGACAAUAGACAUCUGCUGUGGAAAAUUUGAAAUUGCAACAUUUGACUUAGUGAAAACAGCAACUAGAGACUGUCAGUAAAUGUGACUUUGGAUUUCUUAUUUGGCUGCAGUGUAAGUGUAUCAUUUUGAACAUUAUAAACUGAGUGUAAUUUACAUACAUUCUUCCUAAUGUUAUCUUCAUUGCCCUGAUAUGAGACAGCUGACAUGCCUACAUUUGUACUUAAGGGUGUUUUACUAAUGGUAACUACGAAAUGUUAGAUGAAUUUGAUUGUAGACAUUCUGGACCACCUUUCUGUCAGUCAUAAGUUUAUCAGUACUUAAAAUCUAACCACUCAACUGGCAGUAAUAAUCAAUAAUACCGAAAGCAAGCCUUUAUUGCUUAUUUUUUAGAUAUGAGUAGCUUAACUUGAUAGGCUAUAACCACUGAUUGACUACUUUGUUCUAGCCACAACAGAUAAGUUUAUGUUAACAUUAGACAAACCUUUAAAAUACAUGCUUUACAACACAUACAAUAUCGAGUAUAGUAGUAACUAUGGAUUGUGAAUGAUAGUGAACCUUAAUUAUGAUAUAUUUGCAAAAAAUGGAAAUGGUAAAAUGUACAUGAAAAACAUUUACUGAGUAUCAACAGUGAAUAGCAACUGUCCAUAGAACAGGUGGCAGUUUUUGUAUUUGAGUGGACUGAAGCGUUCAUGGUUAUGUUUUAAACAGUAUGAUUUGCGUGUAAUUGAACUUUUUCAGAAUCUGUUAUCUUGAUUGCCUGAAGAUGAAACAGCUGGCGCCCUAUCUUAAGUGUGUUUUGCUGAUGCAAACUACGAAUGUUGGAUGUAUUUGACGCUUGUAUCAACUGCAUGAUUUGGUGUUGCGCUUGUUUAACUGAGAACAUGUACACUCCUGUAAAAUGAUUUUAUCAAAUGUUGGCUUUGUACUUGACGAUGGCUGAAAGAAUGCCUCAUUGUAGCACUGGGAAAUGGUUUCAAUUGUUUUCCUUUGAUUUAUUCCUUUGCA